AAUUAAAUUUUGAUGGCUAUAAAUUUCCAAAUCCAAUCCGAGUUUAGGGUUUCCGUGUUCUUCAUAGCUCUUCUCAUGUCCCCAGCUUGCUUCAUUUAUGGAGGAAAAGAUGGUUGCUAUCUCGAUUUCAUGUAGUCAUGAGCUGGAAUGAUUAUGAUUAGUUGAUCUUGAUCUGAAAUAUGCGGUGAGGGUAUUCCAGGGAAGAUUUUUAAUUGAGGGUUUACCUAGAAUUGUGUGAUGGAUUUAGGAAGAGAAUGUCUUGGACAUGAAGAAUCCGAAUCCAUCGAGGAUAAUGAGCUAAACCCUGAUAGAAUUUCACUUGUUGAGGACACUAAGAUCAAUAAUAAUGGGUCUUGUGCAAUUGAGAAGGUGAGCUCUGGUGGGGAAUUUGUGGAUGCUAAUGUUUUGGCACCUGAUGCAAAAGGGAAGGAUGAUCAGCAGAUUGAUGAGCCUCUAGAUUCGCCAUCAACGGUCCCAACCAAAUCUUCUGGGCUUUCCGGAGGCUCCAAUCCAACCACAAAAGGGUACGGGUUGAAGAAGUGGAGGCGGAUUAGAAGAGACUUUGUUAAGGAUUCAAGUGUGAGUGUGGAUUCCAGUAAAAUGUUGAAACGGGGUUUGUCGGGUUCAUUAAAUCAAGCCAAACCUCCACAUCUAUCCGAGACUAAGCAAAAUAGUGAGGGAUCUAUUGGAUCCGCAAAUAUCUUGGUAAAAAAUUCAGGUGUCAAUGAUUAUUUAGCUGCUCAUGCCUCUAGUUCGGAUUCCAGGUUUGCAGUUGGGUCCACUUUUACUGCUGGUACAGACUCUGAGAACAGUGAGGAUCGAAGUAGCAAGUCUUCCACUGCAGCCAGCGCUCCAAAGGCAAGGCAUGAUAUGAAUGCAGUACUGGGGCAUGCACGGGAUAAAAAUAGGAUGAAGAAUCUGAGUGGGAAAAGCUCAGGUAAUUCAAUUCAGCGGGUUCAACAGGGAAAGCCUCGCACUGAAACCAGCAAGAAGCCUAGAGGAGAGAGGGUCAAAAUUGAGAAGGAAAACUCUCAUUCCAGCAUGGAGUCUGACUCAAGAAGCUCAAACUUUGUCUUUAUGCAGGGAAAUUUUUCUGCCAAUAGUAAUGGAAAACAAAGUGGAACAUUGACAAAUUAUGAUGGGGAAAAUAGUGAUGAAGCUCAGGCAGGUGAAAAACAGUUUGGUGAGGAACUUCAAACUGGCUACAGCAAAGAAACUGUAGGGGAAGUUGAAGAUCUUUCACUAGAUGAUUUAGCUGCUGACUUGCCUUGGGAGGUUAAAGAAGAAAAAGGUGAAACUGAUCAGCCCUUGAUAGAUCAAGACCCAUUGGUCGACUCCAUCCUUGCACUCCAGUCUGUUCAAGAAGCACUAGAAAGAGAAGUUCAGAAAUUUGGAGAGAUUGCCAAGGAACCUAUUUCAGUAUGUAACAGUUCAAUUAAGGAUAGCAGUUCUGCAGAUUUUGCUUCCAUGGGUCCAGAAAUCCAUGAAGCGAGUUCAUCAUGUCAGUUGAGUUCUGAAGAGACUAGACAAAGUGAUUCAUGUUUCAUGGAAACCCAGAUGCAUAGUUUAAAACAAAAUAUAAGUUCUCUGGAGAGCAAAUUGGAGGAAGCAACGGCUAUGCUCAAGGUCAAGGAAUCCAGGAUUGUUGAACUUGAAGAAUCGGGAAGUGCCAUAGAGUUGCAGCAGAAACAGUGUAGAGAGAUGGAGACCGAGCUCGAGGACCUCUUUAAACAAAAGAUUGAAGCUGAGGUCGAGUAUCUGACACUAACCAGGACAAUCCAGAAGUUGAGAGCCGGGGACCAAAUCAUGAUGUAUGAAGAACAAAAAGCUCUGGCUGGGGAGCAAGUGCAGAUGCUGAACAAGCUUGGAGAAGCAGAAGGCAAGGCUGCAAUGCUAAAGAAACAAGCUGAGAAGUUGGAGACAUAUUGUGGUGAUAUUUUGGGCUCAGAAGAGGUUAUGAAGAUGGAGAAAAGGCUGUGUAAGGUUACUUUGUGUUUUCUUAUACAGUUAUUAUUGCUGUUGGCUUUUGGAUUGUUUGUGUUUCAGUUACCUCCCCAUUCUUCAGUGGUUGUACCCACAUAAGUCUGGGAACUUGAGGGUCCCCCCCACCCUUCUUUUUUUUUGCUGUAUUUUUAACAAAAAUCUGGGAACUUUAGGUCCUUUUUCUUGUGUAUUCUUAACAUAUCUCAGAGAAAUAUCCGAAUGUUAAUUUUCAUUUUCUAGUAUUUUCAUAGUGUUAAUAGAGAACUUAUUUUGUCC